CAACGUUGGAGGUAGUCCGAUAGUGGUCCUAUAGCCCUGUGUUUACUUAUGAGAUUAUGCUAAUUUUGUUUGUAUUUCUUGUAUAAUUGGUGAAUUAUUCGAUUAAAAAAAAAGAUGCCGAGACACUGCAGUGUACCAAAUUGCAAAUCAAAUUACGCAACUACUUUAAAGUAUGAAAAGGCCCAAAGUACAUUCUCUUUUCCCAAAAACGAUCACCUUCGUACUCAGUGGGUUAGAUCUAUUAACCGUGAAGAUUUCAGAGUAACUUCUAGUUCGGUAGUAUGUAAAAAACAUUUUGAUGCAACGGAUAUUAUUGAAAGUGAGUCAUUCAUUGAUAAAAAUGGUACGGUUCUUCAACGAAAUUUGGUUUAUCCCAAGUUGAAAGAGAAUGCGAUACCAAGAAUUUUUGAAAACCAACCGUCAUAUUUAUCUAACCCAAAACCACCAACAAGAAAAAAUCCUGAAACUAGGCGAGCAGAAAUAAGUCUCCGGGAAGAAAAUAAUAUAAAAGAACUCGAAAACAAAGACCUUAUCGUGGAUUUCAAGGAACUUUUACAAAGUGUUAGUGAGAGGGUUGAGUUAAAAAACUGGCAAAUAAAAGUUGUAGAAGAAAGGAUUUGUUUUUAUUUAUUAAAUAUUGACAAUCAGUUUAGUGAUGAGUGUAUAAAAGUUAUUUCAAACAUUAACAUUACGAAGGAAUUACUUGUAUCUGUUUAUGUGAAGGACAUCCAACUGUCACCUCAUGAUUUAAAAUGUAUUUUACCAUUUGACUGUAAGUUAUCGCGUUGGUCACAACUAGAAAAUCUGCUGUCCAGGAAAUGAUUUUCAAUAGGUGGUUCCGCCUAGUUCAUACAGAAAUCAACAGUUAUGACUGAUACAGAUGAUACAGACGAGCUGUUACUGAUUCCUCCUGACUUUUUUGCAACAGAAUCAGGUUUUGGACAUUCCGAAACAGCCCAACCGUAUUACAACAUUGUAGAUAAUCUAAUAAAGCAAGUUGGUAGUCUUCAGAAUAGAAUUAAAUCAAUUGAAUCCUGUGAAAGUUUUUAUAGCAACUCUUUAGAAUCACUUAGAAUGGAUAGGCCAAGAGAAAGUUUUAAGAAAUGCAAUAGUAGCGAUGAUUUGUCUACCUCUUUUAGUGCUCAAAACAGUCCACAAAAGCCUAUGGAAUUUAAAUUGAAUUCUUUACCAAAUAGUCCUAAUGUUAAAAAAUAUGUCAAUCUUAGAAACCCAAGAGCAGGAUUACAUUCAAAGUUGUCACCUUCAGCUGCAUAUUCAAACAAAUACACAAGGUCAGGAAAAGAUGGCCAACUUCUCAAUGAAGUAGACACAUUCUUAUCAAAAGUAAAAACUAUUCAAAGGAUAAGUGCUGUGAGGAAUUUAGAAAAUGACUUUGAAAAUUGUGGUACUAAACAUAAUGAACCUGAAGUUGUAACGCAUUUUGAAAGGAGGAAUGAGCCUAUUAGGCAAAAAACUUGGCAAAUGGGAGAUGGUAAAUAUAAUGUACAUAAUUUGGAAACCAGAGUUCAAGAAGCAUUAAUUGGGCAAAAUGAAAGAAGAGAAGAAUCAGAUGUUCAAACUUCUGCAGACAACUCAAAAGAAAAUUCCAAUUUUGUUCAAGAAUUGCUACAAUUCAAUGAUCAACCUUCUUGUAGCGAUAGUAGUUCAGAUUCAACUCAAACUACUGCUUAUAACAGAACAAAAAACACUAAAACCAACUUGCUAACAGAUCCAAUACAUUCCAAUGCCCUUAAGGUUCUUCAUUUGCAUAAAAAACUUCACGAAGAACCUAGCAAGAAGGCCAGAACUAAAGAAAAUGCAGGUGAGCAUAAACAAAAAAGUAAACACACAGUUGUGGGUGAUAAUUUAGGUACACAGUUGAGUUUGUUAAAUUUGGCUGAUAUUUGGAAUUCAGAAAACCAUACUUUAACCAGAAGUCAACUGACACAAAAGUUACAAGAGGAAAAAUAUAGGAGACAGCAUUGUGAAGACUUAAUUCAAGAGCUUCAGGUGAAGAAUUUAGAACUGCAACAAAAGAUGUCAGUGGCGUUAAAAGUUGAUGAUGCAAAAAACUCAACUAUACAAAAAUAUCAAGACGCUUUGGAUAAACUAGUCAGUAAAUUAGAAAAAUGUAACAAAGAUAGAGUAGAACUGGAAUUUGAAAUAAAUAAAUUGAAGAAUGAGCAUAUUGAUGAAAAAGAAGAUGCAGAUCAGAGAGUUACCCACUAUGAGAAUGAAGUACAAAAAGCACUAAAUUUAGCUCAUACUAGUCAAGAAAAGACAAUCAUGUUAGAAAAGAAAUGUGCAGAACUGAGCAAUGAGCAGCAAAGUUUGGUUCAGAAAUUAGAAAAUGUGCAAAAAGAUUGUGCUAAAGAGUGUGAAAAGUAUAGGCAAAUGUCUGAAAUUUUAGCUCAGAAGGAACUGGAAUUAAAUGAAAAUAAAACACUGCUCUCAGCUGCCAGAAAUGAAAUCACUCAAAAUAGACAGGCAGUGGAUAUGUUUCAGACUGAAUUUAACAAAAUGAAGAACGAAUAUAAUCAGAUAGAAAACAAUCUAAAAGAAGAACGAUCACAAAAGACACAGCUCAACAAGAGAAUACUGGAAUUAACAGAAGAGAUAGAAUCUUACAAAAAACAAGUGAAUUCACUGCAAGAAGAACUAUCAAAGGUGAAAAAGCAGUCAGAAUUGAACAAAGUAGAUCUAAGAAACUUUUAUCAAGGUCAAGUAGAACUUUUAGUGCAGAACAAGCUCAAGGAGUUCCAGUGCCAAUUGGACGAACAAGAAAAUAAGUUCAAGGAAGAAGUCACCAAAAGAGAAAAGGCGAUUUCGAAGUCUGCUGCCCAGUUCCUUCAACAAAUAUUAGAAAAGCAUUCAGUGGAAGUCCAGUUGCUGGGAAAGAAGCACCAAGAAGAAACUGAGAUAUACCAAAUUCAGAUCAAACAGCACAAACAGCAGGUUGAGAGUUUGCAAUACAAACUGGAGCAGUUUCAGAAACGUAGUUUGGCCAUUGCCAAGCAAGUACCUAAAGUGAUGGAGUCGCAGUUGAAUGAGGCUUUGAGAAUUAUCACGCACGGCAAAAGUCCGAUCCUUAAUGACGAUUUUGCAUUUAAUACGAUGGAUGAGCUGAACACCUGGAAAACUAAAUCGUACAAAAACCUCGAAGAAGUACUAUCUCAAUACGAAGAAGAGGAUACCGCCCCACAAAAGAAGUCCAAAAAUGAGGAUGCCGGUUGUGCGAGUGACGGAGGAAACGGAAACCACCAUUCGGAACAGCAAUUUGAGACCCCCGUGUCUAGUAGAAACCCAGGGAGUCGGGCUAUAUCCAACAACGACAUUCAACAGUUUUUAAGCCUUUUAUUGAAUAAAGCAUCCGGUAAUCCAAAUCAACAGGAAACAAACAGAGAACCCGAAUAUCUAAGUUUGGAUUUGAACGAGAAGUUUCCGUACUUUCAAGAUAAGGACGACGGAAAAGACGCCCAAAAAGGAUCACAUAGAGACCGCAAAGGGCUAAAACCACCUUGGAAAUAAAACAAGAUUGUUAGAUUUUUAUAUAUUAUUUUUUAGUUUUAUAUAAAUAUUAUAAAAUAUAAUAAAUAUUUUCUUAUACAUAUUUGUCCUCUUAUAUAUUUUAUUAAACCACUUAUUAAAAACAACGAAAAUAAAUCUACAUAGAGACCAGACAAUAAUUCUGACGUAAACGAUACAAAAAGACGUCUUAAGAGCUAUAUCAUUCAGUUUUAGCUAGACAGGUAAGUUUUCAGUUCUUUGUAACAGUUGUUUCUGUCUUAAUAAUUUAUCAAGUAUUUAAAGUCGAAAAGAUAUUUAAAUCAUCAGUAAUCUAUAAUAGAGGCGAUACCACAAAAUAAAUAACAAUCAGAAUGCCCACUCUCAGAUGCCGCCUUUGAAGUGUGUCAACAAGCGAUCGCCAUAUUUUAAACGGAAACACAGAGUCGGAUUGAUAAUUUAGUAAAUUCGAAAUAAUUUAAACUAUUCUCCAACUAAAAGUACGACAUAAAAAUAUUGCAUAUUAUGUAUAUGAUUACCUUAAAUCAAUUAAACCGGGUUAAUUUUUCUAUGCACACCAGAUAAAAUGGUUCAAUAUUGACUAAUAAAAAAACUUUAUUCAAAUAAAAGGCAGAUAUCCAGCAUAGUUUUAUUAAUUAAAUAUUGCCCAUGUAUUUUCGCUUCCUAGAGCAUCUUCAGGGGUAUUUCGUCAAUUUUGGCCUAUCCAACAAGGUGUAAUAAACGCUCUGUCACCCGUGUAACAGGAAAACACUCACUGCACAAUGAAACAAGCGAGAAUGGGGAGUUUUUGAUAAAUUUUGCCACCAGUAAAAACAUGGUUAUAAGCUCCACAUGCUUCCCACAUAAAGACAUACACAAAAUGACGUGGAUCGCACCAGAUGGAACCACAACCAAUCAAAUUGACCAUGUGAUGAUAGACAAAAGGGCAGCCAGUAGUAUCUCUGAUGUGAGAACACGACGAGGAGCAUGCUGUGGAUCAGACCAUCUUUUACUGCAAACCAAAUUUAGGUGCAGAGUUAACAGAGAAAGAAACGAAAGACAACAAAGAACAAACAAGCUAGACCUGGAAAAACUGAAGACUCAGGAAUGUAGAGAGAAGUUCGAGCAAGAAGUCACAAAUGAGCUAAGGACACAAGAACUGCACUCCAUAGAGAGCAAAUGGAAUAAUAUCAAAACAGCAGUGCUGACAGCAGCAGCGUCCACCGUGGGAAACAAGAAAAAGAAGAGAAGAGGAACAUGGUUUGAUGACGAGUGCAGGCAAGCGAUAGAAGAAAGAAACGAAGCGCACAAAAUGUACAUAACAAGAAGAACACGGGAAAGACGAACAUCAUUUGAAGUCGCAAGACGGAAAGCAGACAAGAUAUGCAGAAACAAAAAGAGAGCUUAUGAAAAUGGACAAAUAGAAGAAAUGGAACAAAAUUUCAAAAAAAACGAAAUUAGAGGAGCUUACGAAUACCUAAAAAAGAUAAAAAGUGGAUAUAAACCUCAAACAAACCUAUGCAAAGAUGAAAGUGGGAAAAUAAUCAGUGACCAACAGAAAGUCACAGAAACCUGGAAGCAUUAUUUUCAGACCCUACUUGGAACACAAGUAGAUAUGGAAGAUGAAAUGGGUACGAACCAUGUAGAAGAGAACGAAGUUGAAGUAGAAGCUCCAACCAUAGAGGAAGUUCUCGAAGCUAUUAAGGCCCAGAAAAACAAUAAAGCCCCGGGAGUUGACGAGAUUCCAGCAGAACUGUAUAAGGUAGGUGGCAACCACCUAUCAAGUCAUAUCCACGAGCUUAUCAAAGAAAUAUGGCAAGAAGAGAAAAUACCCGACGAAUGGAAGAAAAGUAUAGUAUGCCCAAUCUAUAAAAAAGGAGACAAACUCCAAUGCAAAAACUACCGUGGAAUUUCUCUACUAUGUACAGCGUAUAAAGUCCUCACGUAUAUUAUAAACCAGCGACUCCAACCACUAGCAGAAAAUAUUGGAGAAUAUCAGACGGGCUUCAGACGGGGAAGAUCGACAAUGGAUCAAAUAUUUACAGUCAAGCAGGUCUUGAGCAAAUCGUGGGAACACGACAUUGAUGUUCACAACGUGUUUGUAGGCUUCAAACAGGCAUACGAUUCAGUCAAAAGGGACAGACUAUACUAUAUAUUGGCAGAAUUAGCAAUGCCACAUAAGCUAAUUAGACUCAUUAAAGCCACAAUGGAUGAAACUCAGGCAUGUGUACGAAUACAAAAUAACUGGACAGACUUUUUCAAAAUCUCGCAGGGACUAAAGCAGGGAGAUGGGCUGGCACCAACAUUGUUUAACCUGGCACUGGAGUAUGCGGUCAGGCAAAUGCAAACUGGACGAGAAAACCCACUGACCAACAAAACGGUUCAACUGGCUGCCUACGCCGAUGAUAUUAAUAUUAUGAGUAGAACAUCAACAGGAGCACAGGAAGCAUACGCAGAGUUAAAAACACAAACGAAAAGGCUAGGUCUGGAAAUUAACACAGAAAAAACAAAAAUAAUGGUACAGACGAGAAGAAAUAUAAUCCCACAAAACAUUAUACAUGAAGAUGACAUUGAAACGGUUGGAAAGUUUACAUACCUGGGAGUAGAAAUAUAUGCCGAUGGAGCAGAGGAUGGAGAAAUACGAAAAAGGAUAACGCAGGCAAACAAAGCUUAUUUUGCCAUCUCCCAUAUAUUUCGGUCUAAAAGUGUCCACCGAAAUACAAAGAUGAGAAUAUAUAAAACUUUAAUUCGGCCAAUAGCAUGUUAUGGCAGCGAAGCAUGGGUCCUGAAAGAAACAUCCAAAAACAAACUCGACACAUUCGAAAGAAAAGUACUGAGGAGAAUACUAGGACCUGUGAGGGAAAACGGAAUCUUCAGAAUUCGAUAUAACAACGAGCUUUAUCAACUGUAUAAGGAAACACCCCUGUCAGGCUUCAUUAGAAUACAAAGAUUUCAAUGGGCCGGACAUGUGAUACGAAUGGAAGAGGAUAGGCUACCAAAACGAGCACUGAACGCCAGAAUGCAGGGAAAGAGACCAGUUGGAAAGCCAAGAAAGCGCUGGGAAGACACAAUAAGCAGCGACGCACAAGCACUUUUAGGAGUCCGUGUAUGGAGAAGAGCAGUCACAGACAGACAAGGGAGGCAAAAAAUAAAGGAGGCCAAGGCUCAUUUUGGGCUGUAGUGCCGUAGAAGAAGAAGUCACCCGUGUAACAUCCACGUCUUUAAUGUUAAGGGAUGCUUAUCUCUGCAAGCGGAGGCAAGGCUUGCUGGUCCGACUAGUCUGAACGGACGUGAUUUCGCCCUCGCGGAUUUACAAAAGGGUAGGGAAAAUUUACUCGUCACAGUACCCAGACGUCGCGCCUUACCCCUAGAGUUUUCGCUGAUCCGUCUGCUCCACGUGUUAAAUGGAUCAUACGAUGGUGUGCCCUGCUAGCUCAGCUCAAUUCUUAUCGCUGGUGUGUCGUUUCUUUGUAUUAUUUUCCAACGAAGGGCUAUGGUUUCGUAAUUUUUAAACAUUCGGGCUGGCCUGAUAUCGAAACUUGUGUAAUACACUUAAACUAGGUCGAAUUUCCAUUCUUUGUUUAAUUUGAAAUGUAUAUGUUAAACUAUGUCGAAUUAUUUUUAUUCUUUAUUUCAUUUGGAGUAUAUAAUAAUUAUUUAAUUAUUAUUAUUAUUCUUUUCUAGGCUAACUACCCCUUAUUUAGUUUCUUUUAUUUUCUUGCUAUGCUGACUUGUUACAUACCGCGCUAACUGAUUAACGAUUGCGCUUGGGUUGGGGUUGUUUCCCUUGGGUAUGUGGCUGAUACAUUACAAAGGCCAAUUUGAGUUAGUGUAAAUGUGUAACAGUUUAAUGUAAAAACCAGGGUAUAGUGCUGUAAUGUUAUUGCAUGUUAGUUGUAGUGAAUUAGUGAUCGAUAAAAUAAGAGUAAGCCAUAGGGUAAGCCCUUAGACUUAAUUUCUUGCUGUUUAUUAAGUUAGGUCAAAAAAUAACUGAUAAUUGGUCGUUUGUGACCAGAUAGCAGUAUAUAUACAACGCAUAGGUAUUAUAAAAAAAAAACAGAUAAAAUUUCGCUGAACAGCACUGGUUCCGUUUAAAACGUGGCUGAUUCCAUCUGCGCGAACGAGAUGUGCGUACUUAUCUUGACAGGCAAAGUGGGCUUUCUGGUUGUUUGGGCAUUUUGACCGUUUUAUUAUUCUGUGGCGAUACUAACUUCAUAGUAACAGUAUAGAAAUGAAAGAUAUAUCUUAAAACAAGUGAUUAUUCGUCAAACAGGUUAUUCGAAUUCAGGUUUAAAUUUGAAAAGAGGUUAUUGAAAUUUUGAAACAAAAAAUAAAACCAAACAUUAAAUAAAUAAAAAUAAACAUAAAUUAAACAAAAAUUCAGAAGCAUCAAAGCAAAUUCAGGCUUAAAAAACUGAAUUAUAUAUUAAGUCAACAAAACCACGUGCACACGUAAUGCCAUUAUAAUAUAUGGUACAAAAGACAGUACCGUUUUAAGGAAAAAUAUAGCUAUAUUCGGUUUAACCGGUAAUUUUUAACUAGAGACGUAAGUUUGCAAAUUUCUGUAACUGUUGUUUCAGUCAUAAUCAUUUAAAUUAUUGGCUGAUAAGAUUGCUUAACAGACUUCUCAUGAAUGAUAAUUAAUUUGAAUUAAUUAUUAAAAUUUUUAUUUGAAAAAAAUCUAAUAUUUUUGUUGUUGGGAAAAUGGUUAAAGUUUGUUAUAAAAGGGGUAAUUCUGUGAAGGUAAAUCGAACAGAUAUCUAAGACGUGAAUAAUCUAUAAACGAGGCAGUAGUAAUUUCAUCUUAAGGGGCAGGUAGGUUCAUCUUAAGGGGAGGGGAGUUCUGACAACUGGAGUAAUAUAUUAAAAAAAACCAAUUUAUUUGAAUUAUUUGUGAACUAAAUUUGUCAAAUAAAAGUACGUGAAGAUAUCCCAUAUACAUAAUUCAUUAUUCAUUAUGGUGAUGUUUCAUAGGAUGACGUCUAGUAGCCACGACUGGUCU